GUCUCAAUCGGGACACCAUGAUGAUGACCAUGCUUGUGUUCAUUUCCAGCGUGGGGCUGCCACGAGAGUUCCUGCCGGCGCUUACCAUGGCGCGUGUGAUGGUAAGCAGUUUUUCCACAGAUGCGCCACUUUCCAACAAGGUCAACUUUGCUCUGACCCCGCUCUACAUGUUGUCGCACUGGUGUCAGAAUUCGGUGGAUGCAUCA